AUCUUUACGUUGGACUAAAAACUAACGGCCAUAACCUAAGCCCUGCAAUUUUGCUGGAUAAAUUUAUACUUCAUCUAUUCCCCACCCAGUCGCAACCCUCCAUGGCCGCCGCCGCUGCGCCUGUUCUACCCACGUAUUCGCCCGCUCGUGAAGAUCCCUCUAAGCCGUUCUACAAGAAUCCACGUUUAAAGGCAUUCUCCUUCUUGCAGAAACCCCUUUUAAAACUCUGUUCCGCCACCUUCAAAUCCAUAGUCACGGCGGCGACACAAAACCCCAUCUCCGACGUCAUCUCAAACAAAGAAUCUGACCGUGAAAGCAAUCGAUUCGCUUCUUAUUUCACCUAUGAUGAUGGCGACAACGAGCAUCUCCGCGAAGAGUGCGGCGUCGUGGGAAUCUACGGCGACCCUGAAGCAUCCCGCCUCUGUUAUUUAGCCCUUCACGCGCUCCAACACCGCGGUCAGGAAGGCGCCGGGAUAGUAGCCGUCCACGACCAGGUUCUCCAGCACUUCACAGGCGUCGGGUUGGUCUCAGAUGUCUUCAGCGAGUCAAAACUCGACAAGCUUCCCGGCGAAUUAGCCAUCGGACAUGUGAGGUACUCCACAGCAGGCUCCUCAAUGCUAAAAAACGUACAACCUUUCGUCGCGAGCUAUAGAUUUGGGUCAGUCGGAGUUGCCCACAAUGGGAAUUUGGUCAAUUACCAAUCUCUUCGGGCCGAGCUCGAAGAAAGCGGGUCAAUAUUCAACACCACAUCUGACACAGAGGUGAUUCUUCACCUCAUUGCGAUAUCAAAGCAAAGACCUUUUAUUCUAAGGAUCGUCGAGGCAUGCGAGAAGAUUAAAGGGGCUUAUUCUCUGGUGUUUGUGACUGAGGAUAAGCUGGUAGCUGUUAGAGAUCCUUAUGGAUUUAGGCCAUUAGUGAUGGGUAGAAGGAAGAAUGGUGCUUGUGUUUUUGCCUCAGAGACUUGUGCUUUAGACUUGAUAGAGGCCACUUAUGAAAGGGAGGUUUAUCCGGGUGAAGUCAUAAUGGUUGACAAAGAAGGAGUUCAAUCCCUUUGCUUGAUGACUCAUCCCCAGCCCAAAUCUUGCAUCUUUGAACAUAUUUACUUUGCACUACCUAACUCUGUCGUUUUCGGUAGGUCUGUGUAUGAAUCUAGAAGCAGGUUUGGGGAGAUUCUAGCUACAGUGGCCCCUGUUGAGUGUGAUGUGGUUAUAGCCGUUCCUGAUUCCGGGGUAGUCGCUGCACUAGGCUAUGCCAAAAAAGCCGGAGUGCCCUUUCAACAAGGGCUCAUAAGGUCACAUUAUGUGGGGAGGACCUUCAUAGAGCCUUCUCAAAAGAUUAGAGAUUUUGGUGUGAAACUCAAACUAGCCACUGUGAAGGCAGUCUUGGAAGGCAAAAGGGUUGUGGUGGUUGAUGAUUCGAUUGUGAGGGGGACCACUUCUUCGAAGAUCGUGAGGUUGUUGAAGGAGGCGGGUGCAAAGGAGGUGCACAUGAGGGUCGCAAGUCCUCCAAUUAUAGCUUCUUGUUAUUAUGGUGUGGACACACCUAGUGAGGAUGAGUUGAUUUCCAAUAAGAUGUCUGUUGAACGGAUUAGGGAGUUUAUUGGUUCAGAUUCACUUGCUUUUCUUCCAAUCGAUAGUCUAAAAGAGUUCUUGGGGGAGGAGAGUGGGAGUUUUUGUUAUGCUUGCUUUUCCGGGAAAUAUCCAGUGGAUCCGAUGGGGAGGGUGAAAAAGGUUGGGGACUCUAUGGACGAUGGGUUGACUGGGAACAAGGAGGAAGUAGAAGUAACAGUCUAAACGCGAGGGAAGAAUAUGAGAAGCAAAUCAUGUUCAAGUCUUAGAGUUGUUUUGUGUUUGGAUUUGAAUUGGUAGUAUUACAUUCUGUUGUUAGAUUUUAUUGAUCAGAAGAGUGAGGAGAUCCCCAAGGGUGCAAUUUUGGAUGUUACUAACUUACAACUUACUCCCCCUUAUAUGUUAUUGUUUUCCCUUUUUCAGUGUGUGAAUGUGGGUUGCCACUACCUACAGAUCAAGAGAUGUUUUAACUUUUCAUCAGUAUGAAUCAAAGUUGACCUCAACUUUUACAA